AUGCUUAACGUUAUCCCAGUGACCGUUCCUGGCUAUGCUCAACCAUUGGUUGAAGCGUGCACAGCUUGGCUUGUGACCACUUUCUUUUCAAUUCCAGUGUCCUUUUUUCGAAUUUUCAUCGAGGCUCCCAUUGACGUAUGGAGGUCAUUGUCUUCCAGCGAUCCGGACGUUGUGUUGAUUACCGGCGCAAACUCUGGCAUUGGUGCAAGUUUGGCUGAAACAUAUGCAAAGCCUGACGUUACACUUGGACUCUUGGCUCGUGAUGAACGCCUUGAACUGAUAGCGGAAAAAUGUAGGGAUAAAGGAGCAAAUGUAAUAACAAUUAGUUGUGAUAUCGCUAAUAAGGAAGACCUGGCCGGGGCUCUCAUUGAAUUCGAUGAGAGCAAUCCAAUUGAUUUGCUAAUUGCUAAUGCUGGACAAGCAGGCGUAACGGAUGACGGUAGUGCAUGGGAGGACUCUUGGCAGGGCAUCAUGGAUGUCAAUCUUAAAGGCACCAUUAAUACGGUUAUGACAGUGUUCAAAUUAAUGGAGGAGCGACCUCAUAUAGGAGGACAGAUUGCAAUCACUUCGUCGGUAGCCGCCUGGCAUGCACCACCACAGCUGUGCUAUUACAGUGCCACAAAAGCUGCCCUGACCUCUUUGGGACGUGACCUACGCUACAUCGGCCGUAAUUACAAUAUCAAAGUCAAUGUCAUCGCCCCCGGCCUCAUUGGUACCCGAAUGACUCUUGGUGAACGGAAACCAUACCCCUUUUCUUCUUGGUUCACCGCGUCUCCUAAGAAUUUAGCAAAUAUUAUAAGAUGGAAUUUGUUCGAGGAUAACUUCGUCAUUACUUGGCCAUACCAUCAGUUUCUGGUAGACUUAGCGAUAAGUUCUUUACCUCCGAGAGUCUUGGAUAGCGUGCAAUGGUUAAUUGGUGGAGCUUGGAGUGUAGUCAGCCCAGCCGAGGAUAAGCCGCUGACUUAG